AUGAUAAGGGCAUGGAAUAAAGCUUGCAAGUCACCGGGGCCGUCGGCGAAGCUUCUAAUUCCCCGAGGGAAGUUCAUGACCGGAGAAGUGAUCUUCCAGGGACCCUGCACCGCUAAUAAGCGCGUCACCGUUGAAAUUCAGGGAACUCUUAUAGCGGACACUGACCUCAGCGUCUACACUUCCGACUACUGGAUCUCGUUCGAACAUGUGGAUAACGUGGUGGUCACCGGCGGCGGAACUAUCAACGGCCGUGGCGAGGCUACCUGGAAAUUUGCCGCCGGCGACACAAUUAAGAACGCACCUCUUCUCCCUGUCUCUAUGUUGUUCCAAAGCGUGCGGCAUUCUGCCGUGCACCAUCUCAACUUCGUGAACAGCAUGGGAUUCCACAUGAAGGUGACGGACAGCUCGGGGAUCAACGUUUCCCAUCUCCGCAUAACCGCGCCAAAGAACAGCCCCAACACUGACGGCGUACAUAUCAGCGAGACCACCAACAUUAACAUUACCCACUCCGUUAUCAAGACCGGCGACGACUGCGUUUCGAUCUACUCGCAGUCAACUAUAGAGUAUCGUGAAUAUGGUUAUGGAGUAUUAUUUAGCACCAUGCCAAUAGAUUGGAGAUAUCUCUGGCUGCUCCGGCUGCUAUAG